AUGGAGAACCGGGACCCACGACGUGGAAUAGUGCAACGGAUCAUGGAGGACACCCAGCAGGCCAUGCAACUCUCCAACCAAGCUAUGCAACUCUCCAACCAAGCCAUGCAACACACCCAGCAGGCCAUGAAAAGCUCCAACCAAGCCAUGCAGCACAUGCAACAGGCCAUGCAUCGGAUGCUCCGACUAAUCUUGUACACUGAAGGAGGGCCUCCGCCCUCAAUGCCCGGGAUCAGGGAGAUGAUUUCACAGGCAGCAGUACCACCAGUAGCAACCGAGAUAGCACCUGCGGGAGAUGCGUCUUUCAUAGGCACUAUAGGAAAGGUGGUGCAAGCGAUGGACCGUCUGGCUUCUAGGACUGCUAGACAAGAACCCGCGCAGAUCUCAAGCACCAUUCCCGAAACCCAGCAGCCACAGGAGGGAUACGACCACGGACAGCAGAGCGAGGGAGUCGCAGGACAAGAAAACCAUCCACCGCCACGGACAUCAACCCCCGCGCCUCGGGAUCCCUGGUCCCAGACACCGACAGCGGAGUGGUUUACUCCAAUUGAAGACAGACCCAAGAGCAUAGCUGGGGAUAUGGAAAUAACGACGGUCUGCACCCGUUGUUUCAAUAUGUGGAUGAAACGAAUUCGAACCCAGGAUGACAUCCCAGACUGUGUCUUUGAUAGAGCGAAAAGAAAGAAAUGCGAAUAUUGUUCGAGGCAACGGAAUACGUGUACUCCGAUCAAUCCACAGCUGACGCAGAGACUCUUGCGUUAUAAGCAGCGGAUGGAGGACCCCGAACGACCCAUUGAUGAAGCAGGGAAUGAUUGGGAGGAAUUCAAGAAGCAGUAUGUGCGGGUUCGAACACUACUUGCUCGAGAGCCAAUAGCCCAGGAGGAAGAAUUUAAGCAACGAGAUAGAGCGAGGAGAGCGAGGAGACGGGAAGAGUUGAAAUCACGUCGACCUGUUGAGCAGCAAUCUACUCUAUCUGAGGAUGUUUCCCUCUCUCCUACCCCCUCUUGA